AUGGCCAUGCCAUCGGAGGAUUUAGAAAGCAGGGGAGAGAAAAGUAGGAGAGGCAAUAAUAAUUCAUCAGUAGCCUAUUCAGUUGAAGAUAGAGGGACUCAAUGGACAUCAUGGUUGAUCCCGCUUUUUAUUGUGGCUAAUGUUGCGGUGUUUGUGGUCGAGAUGUAUGUGAAUAAUUGCCCAAAACAUAUGAAGAAUCAGGGGUUCGUUCCUGUUGAUGAAAGAAAAUGUGUGGCGAGGUUUCUUGGGAGGUUUUCUUUCCAGCCGUGGAGGGAGAAUCCUCUGUUUGGGCCUUCUUCUUCCACAUUGGAGAAGUUAGGUGCUCUUAAAUGGACUAAGGUGGUGCAUCAGAAUCAACAGUGGAGGCUCGUCUCAUGUAUGUGGCUACAUGCUGGUAUUAUACAUCUGCUUGCAAAUAUGUUGAGUCUCGUCUUCAUUGGCAUCCGCCUUGAGCAGCAUUUCGGCUUUGUGCGCAUUGGAAUUAUCUAUUUGUUAUCGGGAUUUGGUGGUAGCGUACUCUCGUCCUUGUUUAUUGGAAACUACAUCUCUGUUGGGGCCUCGGGUGCACUUUUUGGGAUUCUUGGAGCAAUGCUUUCUGAGUUGAUUACAAACUGGACUAUAUAUACAAACAAGAUUGCUGCACUGUUGACGCUUUUGGUGAUAGUUGCCAUAAACUUAGCCAUUGGAAUUCUUCCGCAUGUUGAUAAUUUUGCUCAUAUAGGUGGAUUUUUGACGGGAUUCCUUCUAGGUUUCGUUCUUCUACCCCUUCCUCAGUUUGGGUGGAUAGAUCGCCAGAAUCUUCCAGAAGGUGUUCGUGUCAAAUCUAAAUACAAAGCUUAUCAGUAUGUCUUGUGGGUGUUUUCUCUUAUACUACUGAUUGCAGGGUUUACGGUAGGGCUAGUGAUGCUGUUUCGAGGAGUGAAUGGAUAUGACAGUUGCCACUGGUGUCGUUACUUGAGCUGUGUUCCGACCUCCAGAUGGAAGUGUGAUGAAAGUUGA